AUGGGAAAAGUGACUAGGCAUUCGAGAUUGGGAAUAUCUAACUGGCAAUGUAAUGAAUAUGCACAUUUAUUCGAGAAGAUAUAUAUCGCAACAACGAUGCUUAAAUCACACUCUCGCGGGCCAUCUACCGCUGCUGAACAGAAGGUCUCUUCACCCCUGGACAUCAUGCAGCAUAUCGCAACGCUGCUCACAACAGGCGACGCCGACGGGACCCCUGGGGGUGGAAAGUUUGCGAAAGGAAAUCGUGCUGUCGCUGUGACUGGACAUGCAUCUGCGGACAGUAUUGAGGCCCUCGUUCUCGUGACUCGCAAUACCUCAGGUUACUCGACGGAUCCAACCCUCGCACAUCCUGUAAUGGUUGACAUUUCAGACGAGAACCCCGAUUUGACCCUCAAAGCCAUCGAGGAGUGGGGAGAUGAAACCCCGAGGCCAAGUUUCGAGGAGUACUCCAAGAACGUCUUUGCCAUGCUUAAUAUCUUCCGCGUCAACAAGGACGCCCCUGCCAGUGAUUUCCUGAGAUAUGUUAUCCGCCAAUGCUACCCAAAAAUCGUCUUUCGAAUGCAACUGGCCAACGUCAUCUGGGAGGAGCCCCCGUUGACUGUGAUCGAAAAUUACUUCGAGGGUGAUUAUUCGUUUAUCCCAAGCAAGCCCUUUCCCUGGAAGCUUCGCAUCCGAAAAGGCGACAGCUUCAUGGUCGACCGCCUCAAGAUCUGUCGUCCCGACCUCGAUGGCCGAUCUGCCAUUUACGAAGUGAACGCUGAUAAUGUGGUAGGCUGGGUUAACAAACUUGUCACUACUUACGGCAACCUCGCCCGCUACCUCGCCGAACGCACUGAGGGAGGUGCCUUGAAACCGAAGAAGGUCCUUGAACUCAAAUUCGCAGAUGCCGCACUUCUCAAUAUGCUGUCUCUGGACGCGGUAUUAAUUCGCAUGGGCUUUCUCGAGCGUCUGCUUUCGGACAGCGAACUAGCAGAUCAGCUAUUCCGCAAGUCGGAAGCGCAACCCGAGGAAGACGACCAGUCAGAGGAAGAUGAAGAAGUGAUAGAUGGGGAGGCCGGAGAACUGGCCGAUCUUCUCCUACAACGAGGGGAGGGCACCGCUCAUCACGUCGUGCGGUUCUAUAAAGCCAUAUUUGCUUGGGUAACGGCCGUCCGCCACGCCACUUGCUUGAAGCUGCCCCACCCGCUGAGACCACAUGUCCUCACGAUGCUGAAUCCGGGCAUUCUGGAGGCUCGUGUUCAGUCCGCGAAGGUGUCGCUCUUCAAGAGUGUCCUUGAAAAAGUUCAUCAUUCCAAGACGGCGCUGGCAGAAAAACGGUUGAAGGACCGUUACUCAACGAGUUUCCGCUUCGACGCGUACGGUGGGAUGCCGGGACUCCACCCUGAAGCAUCGUUGAUAGCCUUGUAUUGCUACUUUAAGGAUCCUGGCGCGACUAUCGAUUCGGCCACGAGAACAUGGGCCCUCACUCCUGCACAGUGCCGUGUCCUAUUCCGAGUCUUUUCGACGAAUUCUGCUGCGAUGGGGACUGGCGAGAGGUGCUGGGAUGAGGUGGUCAUGCUGGGCAGCCAUGCGACCAUAUACCCUUGGUAUCCACCUCAAGCCGGUGUCCCCGUCGACAUUCUCCAGCAAUUAAACCGUGAACUCGAAGAGAUUCUCGUUGACGCUGCAGAAAAGAACCUCCAAGUGAAACGUCGGAAUUCAACCCAAUCGUCUGCUCGUUCUUCUGGAGACAGCCCUCCUCCAGCGAAUUGGAGUUACAAUCCAGAAUUGGAUGAUAGGCACGCCAUUUAUCUUCUGUGCCUCUGA